CAAGCACUCGAGUUUCGGUAGUGUGCAAUCCGGUUGUGAGCUGUCGAGGGUCGGAACGGCGAGUAGCAUCCAGUGGGCACCCAUGUCACACGAAAUCAGUGUGGCCGUCCGCGGAAUCAUUUUAGGAAUCGUUCGAUUCGAACAUGAGACAGUGCGACAGUAGUGGAGUGACGGUUGCUGAUUGAUUGACUUACGAGGCGGACGGUUACGUGGAAGCGCCGGGACGUCUGUAAUUGAACAAGCACACGGGCACACUGAUCGGAGGGGCAGCGUGAGUGUCCUGCAACUGAGUUCCCAGGACGCAAGGGUCGUAACAUAACUUAAAGGGCGAAGGAAUCAGAGAAGUUGUGUUGUCAGAAGCGGAUGUCGCGCAGUGAGUGCUUAUGGCUCGGUAGUGCGAUAGUCGCGGUACCGUUGAUUUGGGAAAUCGGAACUUGCCACUCCAUGGUCAGAGUCUCAAUAAAAAUCACAGGCCCGGGUGCAGUGACUUUCCGGUCCAAGAACUCUUUCUGAGCCCCGUUGUCGUCAUUGAAUUAGUGGAAAUGAGUGCGUGAGGUUGACUGGAGUGAAACAUCGCACAUUGCAUGCAACGUACUCAGUCGAAUAAAGUUAAUGUGAAGUGAACCAAGUGUGGAAUUGAAGCUAACUCGAAACCAAGCCUAACAAGUGCAAUUCGAAUAUGAUGGAACAGAAGACUAUGCCUCUAGAUUAUAGUAUAAAUGUUAAAAAUGAACCCGGCGCUGUUCACCAGUCGCAGCAUCACCAGUACCAAGCGGACGCAUCGCUCGUGUCCGCCACCGUCACAGUGCCUACGUCUGCAGUGCAGGUGCCCAGUUCGCAUAUCCCUUUGUCGACCGCGAAGAGUGGCCACCAGCAGACCAGCGCCAACAGCAGCCCUGCCGUUGGUGGACCCCCACUGAUUUCCAGCGCUUUUCGAGUGGUGACGCCGAAAACGAAAACCGACGGUACACGGAAUGUGGCCAGCCUUUCCCCAUUAUCUUUCGAAUUUCUGAGUCACUAUCGAAGACUAUUACCAAUGGGACCUGCGGCGAUACGUAACAAUUCGGAGGUCGGGAGUAAGACAACAAACUCAACUACAGCACGGUCCCGAUUUAGGAUCAAUACCGAUGGAUUCGUCACCGUCUAUGCUUUCCGGACUAAGAAUGAGAGAUACAAUCGAUGCAACAGUUCCUACAAACGCUAAUGAAGCAUCACAACAUCCUGCAGCUGUGACAAUUCCUCUUCACUCACCUGAAAGUCAAAGUCAUCAGAAAACAAUCAGAGAUGAGCUAACUUUUAGUAUAAAUCGAUUGGUGAAACCGACUGAAGCGACGUCAGAAGAUGAAGAUAACAAUAAUACCUACGAACAUAAAUCUUCGCCGAUUUGUGAUAGUACUCAUGAGCUGGUUAAUAAUAUCCAUCACGCUAGUCGACACCAUUUUCUUAGAGAAUUUCGAUCCCGUUCAAGGAGUCAGUCGCGGUCGCCCCGAGAUGAUAUGCGGUCGCGAUCACGAUCUAGUUCGUUAGAACUGGAGGUGGACUCUCCUCCUCCGCUACCAGCGAAAUCAAUUAGUGUUUCAGAAUCUCCAGUUACAGAGCUGUCUACGAGUUCCAAAAAAUCGGAGAUCUUCUCAGUAUCAGCCUUACUUCGACAAGAUGAACCGAGAACUUCAAAAUCACCAGUACCUGUUGGACCACUCGAAGCAUUUAGGAAUAGUUAUACGUCGACGGGAUAUGACCAUCAAGCUGCUAUGCUGCAUCGGUCAAUACUUCCUCAGUUGCCGUGGUGGGCAACCUUGGCGUUUCAUCAAGGUCAACAGCAGCCAGGCGCACCUGGAAGUUACCAUCCUGCAUCACAAGAGGACUUUCUUCGAUUUAGAAACUUAAUAUCUCAAUCACAAGGACCUGCUAAUACUCCUGGCGCGCACUUGGGUUUCCCGCAUCCAACACAUUUGCACUUCCAUCACAUCCCAAAAUGGCCUGUUUUAUCGCAAUUUAGUGACCUUUAUUCCUGUAUGAAGUGCGAGAAAAUGUUUUCGACAGCUCACGGCCUAGAAGUGCACGCCCGCCGGACUCAUCAUGGAAAGAAGCCAUUCGCUUGUGAACUUUGUAACAAAACGUUUGGCCACGAAGUCAGUCUCAGUCAGCACAGGGCUGUGCAUAACGUGGAGAAAGUAUUUGAGUGCAAACAAUGUGGUAAAAGCUUUAAACGGUCCAGUACGCUUUCAACUCAUCUCCUAAUACACAGCGAUACCCGGCCGUACCCGUGCAGCUACUGUGGGAAACGGUUUCAUCAGAAGAGUGAUAUGAAGAAGCAUACUUACAUACAUACAGGUGAAAAACCUCACAAAUGUCAAGUUUGCGGAAAAGCGUUCAGCCAGAGUUCCAAUUUGAUUACACAUUCCCGAAAACAUACCGGAUACAAGCCUUUUGCUUGCGAACUUUGCCACAAAUCAUUCCAGCGUAAAGUCGACCUUCGACGGCACAAAGAGACACAGCACACGGACUUAAGACCACUAAUUAAUUGAAGAAUAUUUGGCUGAAGAAUUUUUAUCAUAGCGUAAACUAAUAAUAGCGUGAACACUAACGAAACGGAAUCCUCUAUUCAAAUUUCUUUUCAUGAAUGUGCAAUUUAUAUAACAAUUAUGAGAUUUCUCUAAAGCCGUUGAGCGGAAAAGUCUACACCUUGCCUACAAUCAAUCAUCGAUUUUUUCCCUUGUGUUUUUCGAACUGCAUAUCAAUUUUUGAAACACUGAUCUUGAUGUAGUAAUAGCUUGAAAUACUUAUGUACGGAUAAAGUCACAGUACGGAAUGGUACGAAUUUACACGUUUCUUGAAGUUUGUGUAAAUAUUUGCGAGUUGUGCCAACGUUGCUGUUUUAAAUUUCCUAGGCGAAUCUACCUGAAGGUUUAAGUUAUAGGACGAAGGACUGAUUUUCGAAGAUAAUCCCGAUGGCGGUCUCUCUGUAAAAUAUUGUUAAUUAUGUUGGUGCUUAGAUUUAAUUCGAUAUUCACACAUUUAUAGUAUCUGAUAUGUUUUGUGCAAUAACCUCCAAAGAUUAUAUAGUGAGAAAUUGAUUCGAUAACCCACUGUAAAAAUACUUUUGCUAGUAACUUAUUGUAAUUCCAGUCUAGAAAUAAUUUUUAGAAUUUAUAAUGUAAAUAGA